UCCAUAUAAAUCCAACGACUUUACAACGCUGUCGCUUUAUUUCGCUGCUAUUUUAGUUAAAUAUGCCUACACUGAAGGAGUUGAAAGAUCUUAUGAUCAAAUACGUUAUGUUUUGUGUGACGGAUUCGCCGCGACGUAGACGGGGCUCUGCGAUUGUUAUCCCAGGCAACGUUGCCGUACCCCUUGCCGAACCCCUCGCAGUGGCCCUUGCACUGCCUGUUGCUCCUGUUUUGGCCCCUGCUGCAGCCGGAAUUGUGCGGCCUCAAGCGCCCUUUAACUCCGGGCCCGGGGGCGACUGCAUUGAUCACCUGUCUCAAGAACAGAGAGCUGCUUAUCCGGAAUAUCUCCGCUAUGUCCGCCGCCUCACCACCUCGAUGGAAGACAACGUUAUCUCAGAGAGCGUUUGCCGCCAUUACGAUGACAAGGGCGAGAACUAUGGCGUUGCUUUGUUUGCCAAUCAUUGAAUACACAAUAAAAAAAACA